GGCCAGAUUGAGGUUAGGCGAAAGUGCGGUGGGAAAUGUGUGAGACCGCCAAAACACUAUUUUAUAUAUUUUAGUUCAAUUUAGUUCAUCAAACAUCUCAAUUCCUAACAUUAAAAAAAUGAACGAAAUAAUAGAACAGGUUUCAUUAACUUUGGGCGGUCUCGCCUGUGCGGUUUUAGUUAGUUUGUUAGUGGUAAAUGCAUAUUUAAUUAUGAGAAAUGGGCUGUAUGUAAAAGUGAACUGUUGGUUUUGCAACCAGUGGACUAAAGUUCCUUACACAAACCGCAACAGCUUUUAUUGUCCCUCAUGUACUCAAUACAAUGGCUUUGACAGUGAUGGAGACUAUAAUAAAGAAAUUCCUGAAAUGCAUCAAGUUGAGCAUGUUAACCAGAGUUAUAUUAAUUCCAUAAGCUCGAAUGGAUUGUGCAAUUAUUGCAAUAACAAUCAGCAACUAAAAAUUAUUCAGCUAAGAAAAUUUGUUCCCAUUAAUGAGAGCAACUAUGACCAGGAAGUUGAACAUUUUCAGAAACAAUUGGACAAUGCAUAUAAACUAUGCAAAAAGUGUGACAAAGUUCUAAAGAGCACAAUCAAAAAACAAAACAUGUGGUUGUUUGGAAAUAGAUUAAAGCACUUAAGAAACAAAGGAUUGUCUUAUCUGGAUUUAAACUCAUCAACAGGCAAUUUGACAAAACAAGAUAAACAGAACUUCUUCUUGAAGUUUGCCAGAUUCACACUAAAUGUGUUCUCACUAUUGAUAUUUACAAAUUCUGUGUUUGUUAAAGCUGAAUUUGUACCUAAGGACUACAAAAACAUGAUCCCACAAGUACUUUUACCGUACACAGUAAUUUUGACUGAUUUUUAUAAACUUACUAUACAAACUGCCAAACAAGCAAUAAACAAUGAUGAUCUGUUUACAAUGCCACAAGAUGUUGUCAUAUUUAGAGUCAAUAAUUUGAAGCCUAUUGCCAGUAUCGGGUUUAUACUUGACCUGCUGAUAUUCAAUUGGGAGAAUUAUAGCAAAAUUCAUAAAAUUAAUAAUUUAAUUAGUUGGGUUGUCUUAGUGUUAUCUGCAUGGAUUAACACCAAGGAGUACUAUGUUUAUAUAAAUAUCCUACAGACUUGCUGUUCCUUAUAUCAAGUCAUUUCGUCGCUUGCUGCAAACGAAAUUAGAAAACCGAUAUUCCAAAGACUGAGAAGAAAGUCUGAGACUGAGUCAGACAUUUCUGAUAGUGAAUAUGAAGACAUAGACGACGAAAAACUCAACGAUUCGACCAAAACUUCGUCGUCAAUCUCAUCAGAUGUUAAAUCGAACUGUACUUACUGUUCAAAGUCUUCUCCUAAAACCGUAUACCACGAUAGUUUAUAUCAGACCACGCCGCCUCUUAAUACUAGUAAAAUUUACGAAAUGUCCCCGCAAAGUGUCAAAAAAGUAGAGCCGGAUCUACAUAAAUCUCUGGAGAAUCUGAGCCUGGGCAAAAUCGAUUUGAAAGCCGUAAGACCUUCGUCGCCGUUAUCGGCGGAAUCAGUACGGUCCGACAGACCUCUAUUGUCACCAUCCAAACUGCAAAACUCGUGGGUGGCCGGCGGCUUUUGGUAUAACAGCGACAACCCGUUCAGCCACUUCAGCCGUUCAUCCAGCCAAAGUUCCGGCUACAUGUCGCAAACCAACGACAUAAACACGUUCAGAACUUAUCCGGAAAUCGACAAAAUGUCCGUGUACUCAUCGCACACCCACGACAACCCGUUGAAAACCGCGUCCGAUCAGUUUUCCGUGUUUUCGGAACCCGCGUACCACUUCAAACCGAUAAGUGCCCCCACUUUCGGUUCGGUGCAUUCCAGAUCGCCAGUUUUGGAACACGCCAACCGUGGCACGUUCUACCCCGUUCUGAACUCCGAGAACAUGUUGGAAUUGGGCAGUCGCAGUUACGGUAGCCCUCAGGCGGGCGUGAGCAAAUUGUUUAAAAAUUUAUCCCCGAAAAACAACUGCAGCUCAUUCGCAAGACCAAGUUGAACUGAUAAAACUCAGGGAAUUAAUCAUUAAUCAAGAUUAAACUAUCUAUAGUCAAAUUAACGAUACCGAGUACAACUGAUGAUUCGAAUUUUUUGCGCUUUUGCGUCCGUUUUUGGGUCAGUUAUAAUCGGUACUUUUGUUGUUAACUUAGUUUUAAGGAGAAUGUAAUUUUGUAUUGGGUUUGUGAACUCUCUGGAAGAGUGUUUUGAUUAUUACUCGAAUGGUGUAUCUAUGCAAGGCUUGUUUAUAAUAUGAAAACAUUGUUUUGUGAUAUUUUAAUCUCUAGUAAUUUUUAUUUUUUAUGUAGUUUUAUUAAUAUUGUUGUGAUAAAUCAUAUUAUAAAAAAGUUGCGCUCGAAAAUCUUUAUUUUUUUAGUUGUAAUUAUUUUUUAUUGAAUUAAUAUAGCUUGUUCUUGUGAUUGUAUAACAAUUAUUAAGUAAGGCCACACUAAAAUUGUAUUAUAAAACAAGGAAUGUAAUUACUUUUAUUAGUAUUGUUGUGAUAAGUCAUAUUAUAAAAAAUUUGCGCUCGAGUAUCUAUACUUUUAGUAGUAAUUAUUUUUUAUUGAAUUAAUGAAGCUUGUUUCUGUGAUUGUAAACAAUUAUAAAGUAAGGCUGCACUAAAAAUGUAUUGUAAAACAAGGAAUGUAAUUGUUAGUAUAUAGUGCAACGUCAGAGAAAACAAAAUCACUGCCACAAGAAACUGUUUACCUCAUAAGCACUUAUUAUAGAAUUAAGAUUCUUAAUGUAUCUGAUAACAACAAUAAAAACAAUUAAUUGUA